CUCAUGGUGAGCUGCUGCUGAAUCCGACCCACAAUGGCCAGCGCUUCUGUCAAAGUGGCUGUCCGGGUGCGGCCUUUCAACGGCCGCGAAAUCAGCCGCGAUUCCAAGUGUGUGAUCCAGAUGCAGGGAAAAACCACCUGUAUCACCAAUCCCAAGCAGGCAAAAGAUGCCCCCAAGAAUUUCACCUUUGAUUAUUCCUACUGGUCUCAUACUUCUGAGGAGGAUCCCAGUUUUGCUUCUCAAUGGCAAGUCUACAAGGACAUUGGAGAGGAGAUGCUGCUUCACGCCUUCGAGGGCUACAAUGUUUGCAUCUUUGCCUACGGCCAGACAGGGGCCGGCAAGUCUUACACCAUGAUGGGCAAGCAGGAGUCCGGCCACCAAGGCAUCAUACCUCAGCUCUGCGAAGAUCUGUUUGCCCGCGUGAAUGAGAACAAAUGCCCCAACCUCUCCUACUCCGUGGAGGUGAGCUACAUGGAAAUCUACUGUGAGCGUGUCCGGGACCUCCUAAACCCCAAGAGCCGUGGGAAUCUGCGUGUGCGGGAGCACCCCAUCAUGGGGCCUUAUGUGGAAGACCUCUCUAAGCUUGCGGUCACCUCCUUUGAAGAUAUCGCUGACCUCAUGGACUGCGGCAAUAAAGCAAGGACUGUGGCAGCCACCAACAUGAACGAGACGAGCAGCCGCUCCCACGCUGUGUUCACCAUCGUCUUCACGCAGCACCGCCACGACGAGCUCACGGACCUGGACACCGAGAAGGUCAGCAAGAUCAGCCUGGUCGACCUGGCGGGGAGCGAACGGGCAGAUUCGUCUGGAGCAAAAGGCAUGCGGUUGAAGGAAGGUGCCAAUAUUAACAAAUCCCUGACCACCCUAGGCAAAGUCAUCUCAGCGCUGGCAGAGAUGCAAAGCAACAAGAAAAAGAAGUCUGAAUUCAUCCCCUACCGGGACUCGGUGCUCACAUGGCUGCUGAAAGAGAACUUGGGAGGCAAUUCCCGCACGGCCAUGAUCGCUGCCCUUAGCCCAGCUGACAUUAACUAUGAGGAGACGCUGAGCACCCUCCGUUACGCCGACCGCGCCAAGCAGAUCCGCUGCAACGCGGUCAUCAAUGAGGAUCCCAACGCCCGGCUCAUCCGCGAGCUCAAGGAGGAAGUGGCCAGACUGCGGGACCUCCUUUGUGCCCAGGGCUUAUCAGCUGCCACCUUUGCUGGUUCGAAGCCCGAUGACCCGGGAGGUGGAUCCAGCAUUCCCACCUCCCCUUUUGCACCCAUGGCUGAAUCGCCCCUUGCCCUCAAUGGGGAAUCGGAGCCCUACUCCUGCGCGGAGGACGAGAUUAUCUGCACUGAGGAGGCCAUGGAGAGGCUGCAGGAGACUGAGAAGAUAAUCGCUGAGCUCAACGAAACAUGGGAAGAGAAACUGCGCAAGACGGAGGCGAUCCGGAUGGACCGGGAGGCUCUCCUGGCAGAGAUGGGUGUGGCUCUACGGGAGGACGGGGGCACUGUGGGAGUCUUCUCUCCCAAGAAGGUAAGCGCGUGCAGCAGGGGUCACACCCAGGCUGUGGCUGCUUUCCUGA